AUAAUACACAACCUGUCAAUCAAUAUACUGUAGAAAAUGAAAUAUUGCAUUUUAUUAUUCAUUUCAUUUAAAAUACAAUAUUUAUCCAAGAGUAGCGGAUCUGUGAUUUCCUCACGUGGCGAGUGCAUCUAUCCUCGUAAGAGAGGACAAUUGACACGUGCGAGGGGUGCAUUUUAUGGGUCAAUAUAAUUCCGGCGAAGGUGUGCGAGCACGUCCGAACGAGUCCCGAAUAACCUCACUUCUCAGACGCGGUUGCAUGUAAAAUUAUUGGCCACUGACAGUGCAAAACAGCAGACAAUCAAUUGUAUUUAGCCGGCAUAAUUAAAAUUAGCCACAGCAGCAUUGCGCCAUGCGAAUAUUUGUAUUAAAAUAAAUCGACAAAACACAACAUAGCGUUUUGACGACAAUACUCUCGGCUUGCGACAUAACCUUCCCACGGACUGUACUUUUCCCGCUGCAAGUACAGUCUACGGACUAAAUAUUGACUAUCCAAUGUCCAGGUUGCGAUCAAUUGGCAAUUCUAAUGGCAAUUUUCGUAUGAAUUAAAAAAAAAGGCCAUUAAGAGUACAAUUUUGAACUGUACUCUCGAACGUAAAACGUAAAACAUCGAAUGCUUUACUCCAAAUAAUGAGUCUUUCAUUUGCAUCGAUUUCUAUGGACUGUACCGACGAUGACGCGGUACAGUCCGCAGGAUUCUAAUUGACAAUAAUAGGCUGCAAUUCUCACUCGAUUUUUGACUCGUAGAAUAAUUAACGAAUAAAAAUUCCCGUUACUCGACUCGACGACGCGUCUCUACACCGCUUUUUUCACGAGCCUCUCGACGUAGCAACGCCGUUGAACGUAAACAUUGCGAUCGAGAGACGCAUCGAGCGGGGACAAAAGAAUUUCGACAGACUGUACGCUGCGGCGGUGGCGGCGGCGGCAGUUGUAUUGACCGCAGUUGUAUUGUUCCUCGCGGCUCCUUGCUGUGGCGUGAAGUAACGUGUUUCGGCGGGGAAAAGAAUUGUGGACGUAGGUGUGGUGUGCACUGUGAAAUUGACGAAUCGCGUCCGGGAAAAUCUUGCGACCACCGCCAAUCCAUCAAUCGAGAAUCAGCCGAUGCUUUAACGGUCGCGGCAAACCGUCCCGGCUGCUCAACGACGCCGCGAUGUCGACAAUCCGAAAGCGACGACGCUCGUCGUCGAAUUGAUUUCAUAAUGAAAUUCUUAGAAUUUAAGAAACUCCGUGCGGAUGACCUCUCCAGGAUGCGAGCGCGUGAUCACACAGCUGGAUGCGAGCUUUGAGAGAAGUUCGAACUUUACGAAAGCGACGAUCGGUCGCUCUCUUGUCACGUGGUCCGCAUUUUUUCGUAUACGUCACAAGUCGCGUGCGAUUUAAAUUUCCGCGUCGUCGUCUUUAUCGCAAGGAUGGGUAAAACGAGAGGUGUGCAUGAGACAACUCCCGAAUUGAGGAAUCGGAUGGUGGGAAUGUACGAGGCCGGUCUUGGUCUGCGAGAAAUCGCGGCCGCGGUCAAUUGUUCGCAACGUACGGUAAAGAGAUGGUUAAAUAGAUUUGACAAGGAAGGUACGGUAGAAACACGGGAGCGUUGUGGUCGUAAAAGAGCCACCACAGUAGAACAAGAUGAAGCAAUUAUUCGUCUGGCUACGCAAACACCCAUCACUGCAGCAAAGGCUGUACUUCCAGCGUUAGGUUUGACCUGUUCAGUGGAUACAGUGAGAGAAAGGCUGCAUAAGGCUGGAAUUCAUAAUUGGAGUCCUUCGCGCAAAUAUAUGCAAAGGAUUCCAUUAGGUGAUGCGGAUGGCGACUCGAACAAGUCUGAGAAGAACAGUGCCACGCCUAAGAAGAGGAAUCCAGGGAGAAAAGCUAGAUCUCGAGAAGCAUAUGUCGAUGAUGGCACGCCACCCGAAAGUCAAAAGCAAAAUCAAAACCAAAACAUCGAGCAACAGCAACAGCAGCAGCAGGGGUUCGUGUUUCCACAACAAAAUCUUCCUCCACCACCUCCCGGUCCUCAAGCCACCGAGAUGCAGCCUUCCGCACAGCCUCUACCCACGAGCCAAACAGAAUUUAGUAACGCGUUAAGUCUGGCGCAACAGCCGCAGCCGAUCUAUCAACAUCCGGGAUUGGCCAUUGUGCAGAAUUGGCCAUUAGAUUUAGUGCAAGGCAGUCAUCAUUAUCCACAAGGGCAACCGCAUCCGAUAGCUCACGAGCAGCCACCGCCGCAGCAGCAGUUGCAAGAGCUGCACACGCAACAGGAGCAGCAACAUAUGCACGCCCAAUCGCGAUUACAAGAUCAAUCGCAUCAGCAGAAUACUCAGCCUCAUCAUCACAAUCUCGAUCAGCAGCAGCAGCAGCAGCAGCUGUCGAUGGAACAUCAGGUUCAACAGCAAUGCAUGCAGUCGAGUUUACCUAGUCCCGAACAAACGCAUGUAAAUAUAGGAUCGGAUAGUUCAAACUCUUGUAGUUCCAACGAGAAUAGUCAAUCGUCCUGCGAGCCUCAACAAAAGACAGAGUCGUCGAGGGAAAGUGGUGAGAAAUCGGAAUGGCAUAAGAAAAAAAAGGGCGGCAAGGCGAAAGGAACGUUAGAGACCAGUGUGGAGAUUAGGAAUCGCAUGAUCGGAAUGUCCGAGGCCGGAUUAUCCACUCUGUCCAUCGCGCUGGCAAUCGAUAGAUCGGAACGUACUGUUAAAAGAUGGUUAGAACGUUGGCAUAAGGAAGGCAAUGUGCAAACGAAGGAGCGAAAGGGCCGACGUCGAAUUACUACCAAGGAACAGGACGAUGCUAUCGUCGCGAUGGCGACUCAACACCCGCUCACCGCGGCUAAAUACGUAGCACCCGCGCUGGGUCUAAAGUGCAGCGUGGAUACAAUUAGAGAGAGGCUUCAUAAGGCUGGAAUACAUAGCUGGAAGUUAGGCAAAAAGCAAGGAGAAGGAAAUGCAGUCCAUACAGUUCAUUUAUGGCAGCCGAGUGGCAAUCGUCCUAAUAAGCCGAAAAUGGCAGGUGAGAAGAGAAAGAAAUCCGGCAAUAAGAAGCGCGAUCCGACAAUGAACAUUCAGAAACGCAUCGCGCGAAAGAAAAAGAACGACGAACCAGCGCCGCUAAAAGCAACUCCACCUCCGACGAAUAUGAUGCCGGAACAGUCCGCAUUGCCGUUCCAUAAUCCAGGAACUAUGGCGAAUUACGCUUCAGCCUCUAAUAUAAUGCAACCAGUGCAUAAUAUCGCCGUACCACCACCCGCACUUCCACAACCGCAACCACCUCCUCCACCGGCGCCACAGUCGAUGCAACCAAUGGGUCCGUUAAUGCAACAGAGGCCGGACUGCAGACUAGCGCCGAUAAUUCCGCCCGUAUCGGGCCCGGGCAAUCCCGGCAUCGCCUAUCCGUCAUGCAUGAUCGGUGGGAACAGUCACACGGGUCACAUGGAGCAAACGGACCCUCUAAAUUAUGAGCCAUACAUUUGGAGUUUUAAUAUCGACACGACAAUCUAAAUCGCGCGUGUAGAACUGAAUGGAAAGGGAGUUUAACUGUAUUAGAUAAACUUCCGCGCAUUUACCAGGAUUUCGUACAAAUUUUAUUUGUAUACAAAAAAUUCUACAGUCGGAAACGUUAUAGGACAGUAAUUUUAGUUUAUGUAAGAAAAGUAAGACUCAAUGGAUUCAACAAAUUUAUAACUUAUCAGGACUAAUGAAUCACAGGCUAAUUGUUCGUGAAAAUAUUAUAUCUUACUUGUAAUCGAUAUAGUAACACAUUUCGAUCUGUAUUAGGUUAUCCCAAUUUCUGUGGCUUCUGUAUUUCAGUGCAUACGAUUUUUGUUUUUAAUGCGUUAAUUGUAACACUUUUACUGAAAAUAAUUUAAUACAGGUUGGAACGUUUGUUAUAUCGGUUAUAAGUAUAUAAUACUUUCAGCACGGACAAUCAACCUGAUUCAUUAGCCCUGAUAAACUAUAAAUUUUACGUUACGACUUUUGUGUACAAUUUAACUUAUUAAAAUUGCAAUUGAAAAAUAUAUUUAUAUAUGUGCAAGAAAAAAACGCGGCAACUUUAUCGUUAUAUCUGAGAAAAAUUAUAACUUUAAAGACUUACGGUGCACGCAGCGUUUAGUCAUAAUUAGCUAUAAUUGAUUAGACCAGCAAAUCAACGUGAAGACUACAGCAUGUAAAUAUAGAGUCGUAAAUAUAGAGUAGCGGAGACGUAUAUCAUCUUUAUUUUGCUAUGAUAUAUCAUCUCUUUAAAUAUCGUAUAAAGUCGCAAUUACAAUUUAUAUUGUAUAUUAAAAAUUGAUUUUCAUACAACACGACGAGAUUUCUUUAAAUCAAAAUCUAGCAUUUGUGUUGCAUUUAUGUUUUAUGGUUGAAAGGAAACAAAAUUUUUCAAACUUCGGCAAAAAAUAGUAUCAGCUGAUUAAACAUAUAAACUAUUAAUAGCUAUGUGGAACAUAGAGCCCAAAAAACUUUUAGCAAAUUCAGUGAUGGUUCUAUUUUCGAUAUAUAGAUUUUUUUCUCAUGAGAGCAUACUGUAUACAUUCUGUAAUGUGUUUCAUUAUUACAUAUAUGAAUUUGCUUUGAAACUUAUAGUACAAAAAUUGGCAUGCUCCAGUUAGAAAAGAUUAUAGUAAAUCAACUUUAAACAGGCUGCCAAAAUAAUUACAUUUAAACUGCCUUUUCUAUCCUACUCACAUACAAGUACAUCACAUGUAUAUCAUUUUUUUCAAACAAUGAAUGCAGUGUUAUCGUUACACUAUUGUAAGACUGUUAUUGUUUUAUAUACAUCAAUUUUUCUUUUAAACGUAGCACUUUGGCUAAUAAUUAAUGUUUAUAUUGUAAAAAAUGAGUUUUUGUCACAAUGUUCUUAUAAAAUUCUUCUUUUUAAACAAAGUAUUCAUAUAGUUCGUCCAUAUACAAUUACCGGUGGUACAAAUGCGAAGUAGUGCACUAAGUACGCGAAAAGUAUAAGAUAUUGUAGGAAAAUUUUGUCGGAUAUUUUAAAUGUCCAUUUCCACUUUGCAUUGAUAUUGAAAUAGUAGAGUAUUAUGUACUCACAUCCUUAUGAAUGAAUGUAUUGUGUUAUAUUUUACAACAUGUGACAAUAUCAACAAUACAUUGCAGAAUUAAUAUAUUUUCAACCAUAUUUCCAUAAAAAUCCACUUCGUUUUGUAUUUGUUUUGUAAAGGAAAAUAAAGAUAAUUAUAGUA